CGCCAAGAGAGGAAGGAGGGGAAGGCUGGAGGUUGAGCAGCUACGGAGAAGGGGAUCCACGGUCCUCCGCAGACAAGGCACAAGAGUGAUGUGAAGAUGUCUGCCCUUGUGGUUCCCACAAUGCACACGCUACAAAUUGGUACAAAUGGUGAGCGGUCCCGCACCCCAUCUCCAACAAAUUCUCCUGGACGCCACAGUGAAAGCUGCAGCAUUGCGCCUCUCACCCCGUCUCAGUCACCGAGAAAUGAGAUCCGGAGGCGACCACCCACUCCCUUCUGCGUGGUGGUGGCCAUCGACUUCGGCACCACUUCCAGCGGCUACGCCUUCAGCUUUGUCAGUGACCCAGAGACCCUGCACAUGAUGAGGAAAUGGGAAGGAGGAGACCCUGGGGUGGCCCACCAGAAGACCCCCACCAGCCUUCUCCUGACGCCGGAAGGCUCCUUCCACAGCUUUGGCUACACUGCCCGGGAUUAUUACCACGAUCUGGACCCCGAGGAGGCCCGGGACUGGCUGUACUUCGAAAAGUUCAAAAUGAAGAUCCACAGCUCCAGCGAUUUGAGCAUGAAGACCGAACUGGCGGCGGUGAACGGGAAGACGCUGCAAGCCUUGGAGGUCUUCGCUCACGCCCUUCGUUUCUUCAAGCGGCAGGCCGUGCAGGAACUGAAGGACCAGUGCCCUGCAUUGCCUGUGGCAGAUGCCAUCCGGUGGGUGAUCACGGUGCCCGCCAUUUGGAAGCAGCCGGCUAAACAGUUCAUGCGAGAAGCUGCCUAUCUGGCUGGGCUGGUGCCUUCGGAGAACCCCGAGCAGCUGCUGAUCGCUCUGGAGCCAGAGGCAGCCUCUAUCUACUGCCGGAAACUUCGCCUCAACCAGCUGAUCGAUCUCAGCUACAGGCCCCAGGCAAAUGGCCUGGCCUCGGACCUUCCUGUUGACUCCAGCUUCAGGCAGGCCCGAGAACAGCUCCGCCGGUCCAGACACAGCCGGACUUUCCUGAUUGAGUCUGGAGUGGGCGAGCUCUGGUCGGAAAUGCAGACAGGGGACCGCUAUAUCGUGGCCGACUGCGGAGGGGGGACAGUUGAUCUGACGGUCCAUCAGAUCGAGCAGCCCCAGGGUACCCUGAAGGAACUCUACAAGGCAUCAGGUGGUCCCUACGGGGCUGUCGGGGUGGACCUGGCCUUUGAGAAGCUGCUCUGCCAGAUAUUUGGCGAAGACUUCAUCGCCACCUUCAAAGCCAAGCGUCCAGCAGCCUGGGUGGACCUGACCAUCGCUUUCGAGGCCCGCAAGCGGACAGCGGCACCCCACCGGGCCAACCCUCUCAACGUCUCCCUCCCCUUCUCCUUCAUCGACUUCUACCGCAAGCACCGAGGGCAGAACGUGGAGACGGCCCUCAAGCGCAGCAGCGUGCACUUGGUGAAGUGGUCUUCUCAAGGGAUGCUGCGCAUGUCUCCCGAGGCCAUGAACGAGCUCUUCCAGCCCACCGUCAGCCAGAUCAUUAAGCACAUUGAUGACCUCAUGAAGAAGCCUGAAGUGAAGGGCAUCAAGUUCCUCUUCCUGGUGGGCGGAUUUGCUGAGUCAGCCAUUUUGCAGCACGCUGUCCAAUCUGCCUUCAGCAGCUCCUGCCGGGUCAUCAUCCCGCAAGACGUGGGGCUGACCAUCCUGAAAGGGGCAGUGCUGUUUGGCCUUGACCCCACCAUUGUCCGGGUGAGGCGCUCACCCCUGACUUAUGGAGUGGGGGUCCUGAACAAGUUUGUGGAGGGGAAACACCCCAAGGAGAAGCUCCUGGUCAAGGAAGGGAAGAACUGGUGCACUGAUAUCUUUGAGAAGUUUGUCUCUGUGGACCAGUCGGUGGCCUUGGGCGAAGUGGUGCAAAGGAGCUACUGCCCAGCCCGGGUGGGACAACGCAAGAUCAUCAUUAACAUCUAUUGCUGCGCCACAGACGACGUGAUCUAUAUCACUGAUCCAGGAGUGAGAAAGUGUGGCACCAUCAGCCUAGAGCUGGAGGAUCUGGAGGAGUCCAGCUCACCAAAGAAAAGCCGUCGGGAGAUAAGAGCAAGCAUGCAGUUUGGCGAUACGGAGAUCAAGGUGGCAGCCAUGGACGUCUGGACCUCCAAGACUGUGCGGGCACCCAUCGAUUUCCUCUCUAACUGAUGCCCCAGAAAUGAGAGGACUUUGGAUUGGCGGAAUGCUAGAGGUUAUGCAGAGUUCAUCUUUGCUGUGAGCCAGGAUCACUUGGCGCAUGCCAGGGAUGAAUCAUGUUUAUGGAAUCAGCCCAGCCACAGGCUGGUUUUGGGGGGAUAGAUUUAUGUCAUGAAUCUGCCAAAAGAUAGCAAGCUGGAACUUAAAAUGGCCAACUUACUUUCAGUUACUCCCAGAUCAUGAACUGGUGGGAUUUAUUGGGUCAUGGUCAGAAGUGAGCUUCUUGGAAUUCUAGAAAACAGCAGGGUGACCGUUGGAAAAGCUGAUCUUUAAAGCGCCGAAGAUCUAGGAACACCUCGCAUUUCCCCACAUUGCCACCUUGAAGCAGCUGUCUCUGGCUUCCCAGCGAGACCAAUUAUGGGAUUUCAGAGCACUAACUUUGUCUAUAAAAAAUGGACAUUCAGAUGCAGUGAUUCACUAUGCAUUCCACCACUUAGAGAGACCUCUUUGCCAGAAGGGUGUCAAAAAUCUACCCGUAGUUAACAAUGCUGCAAAGUGUCACAGGGAAAGCAAAGGCCCCACAAUGUAGUGCAGAACUGUUGCAGGCCCACCCCACAAGAAGAGGAAAGUGUAAUUGUUUCCUAGUGUGGGCAUCUGUCUCCACAGGUGUAAAAAUCCAGCUUUGAUCCAAUAAUGCUCUUUAAAAGUACUUGGCACCCUCUUCUUCCUACUCCCCAAGUCCCCAGAGUGGAGAAGCUGGUGCCCAGUUAAGCGGAGGGAAACCGUAAUGGGCAUCUUCUGGGAAAGCAGCAGGAGGGCAGCUGAGUCCAACCAGAGUGCCUGAUGCGCACCAACGAUCUGCCCGCAGCCCUGCUUGUGCGGCUUCAGAUCCUUCCCCGCGUUCCACUUCGGAAGACCUGAAGGCUGUCGCUCCCUUCCCUCCAGAUCAACUCCUGGGAUGGGCUUGGCAUGUGAGCAAAAAGAGGACCAGGAAUUGCCAGGCAUUUUCAAAAGCGCUCCGCCCAUUGCCUUCUCCCCACAGGAAAGGGCUGGCAGGCGCGCCCCGACCAGGAAUAACCCAAGGACGGAGCCAAGAGGCUGGUAGUACGAGCCCUGAGCCCAGGAGGGUCAGGGAAAGAAGACUCACAAGGUGGUGGCGGCCCCUGGCAUAUCUGUUGGAGAACUCGAGGAGCGCUCAAAAGCCCCAGCAGAAAAGCCCAGAGGCAAAGCGUGAGCCAGCUCCACGGGGGCAUCUGGAAGGUACAGUCGACAAAGUCAAGAUGGUUUCCUCUCCCAUUUUUUAUGAGCUUCAAGUGCACCGUGGUGACCCUCUUGACCUUGUUGAUGGCGCCCUGAGGACGCCCCACCACACUCGCCUGCUUGGCCUACUGUCCCCUAAUGUGAUGCUUUUCUGCACGUUACUCUCGUGAACUUCUAGAGAUCCCUUCCCCAAACCUCCUUUUUUAGCAAGCAUGAAGGAACUGCCAUGCCAAAUCUGGGGAAGCGCGUAUCUUUGGAGGACGAUGUUUCAGCCCACGUGCUGCGGCCAAAACGGGAGAGGAGGAGGGCACAUUCAGAAGGAAACUAACCCCCCAUGACUAGGUACAUUGGGGCAAGAAAGGGAAGCCCCACAGAGACUGAAGGCCCCUUUGGGGGCAGGGACUUUUUGUCCCCCAGAGGAAUUCCUAACCCCACCCCACACAGGAAGCUGGCUCAAUGGCUUUAGGGUCGCCCCAAGCUUGAAGCAGAUAAGCAGCACCUUGGUCGUCCUCGGAAAAAGAGAGGCAGGACUGGGCGGGACCCCAUCAGAAACCCGCAGGCUGCAGACUGAACCAGGAGGGCAAAAACGGGGAGAAACAUUUCUGGCGAAGAAAAAAAACGGCAGGGAAGGGUCUGCAAUGUCAGAAGGAGUCCAAACAACCAUUUGUCCUUCCCCUUCGCCCGCC